AUGAAAGACGCACAAGGUGUCGCCCGUGGCACAUGUCUGCAAUGCAAGGGAUGUAUGGAAUUCGCACGCAAAAGCGAGGGUAAUCAAUGCGAUGAUUGUGGUUGCUCUGUGACGCGACAUGAGACUAUAAAGGGUGAAUUACCUCCUCCAUUCGCACAUUUGUCGGUAGUCGACCAAGCUCUAUUAGGAAAAGGCCACAACAAGUUUGCUUUCGUCGCUUGGUGGGUCUUCUACUCCAUCCUCGCAUGGGCAUCCAUCACUGCCGUCAUCACCAUGUAUACCAUGUCGGGAGCACACAAGACCAAGGCACACAUGCAAUUCGUCAACGACACUGACUCGACCAUUAUCCACAAAAUCUGCUGCAUGGGAUACUCGCUUGGAAUGAUAUUCUCCUUCUUUUCAUACAUUGGCAGCAGCAACCCCGAACGAAAAUCCUUGUCCAUCUCUCUCUUUGGAAUCAAGUUUAUCGCCUUCUCCUCAUACGUUUUACAAUACAACAAGUUGACUCCUGCUGUUAUGAUGCCAACUGGUGUACCAUGGUUGACUUCUCGUAGUAUGGAAUGGAUGUUCUGUACUCCCUGUUUGAUGUGGGUAUACAGACAAGUCACCUGUGCUUAUGAUCCCAUGCACAACAGUCUCUUCCUUGAUGUUGCUAUGGUUGUCACUGGAUGGUUGGGAGCCGUCAUGAAGGAGCCUUUUUGUACUUGGAUGGAUACCACUUCUUGCUUUGUCUACCUCCCAGUUAUUGAUCACCUCAUGGACAUGUUCCAACGUGCUAUUGAACGCAAGACUGAAUGCAAGAUGGACAAGAGAUCCUUGAAAAUUGCACAAAACGCUGUUUGGGCUGCUUGGUGGGGAUUCACACUCAUCUACUACCUGCAAAAGGACAAGUUCGUUGACUUUGCUACUGGUGAAGCUCUUUACGUCUGUUGUGACAUGAUUGCAAAGGUCGUCUUCACUUUCGUCGUCUUGACAGCUACUCAAGAAGCUGCCUAA